AUGUUUCCCCUGAAUCGAGCACAUCUCGUCUCUCUUGUGCUCGUCCUCGGCCUGCCCUUGCUUGUCUUCACUUCUCUUCCUGACGACUGUCACGCGGAUUUGCCCAGGGAGGUGCUAUGGAACGCCUCCUACGAUUACGGAAAGCAUGGCCUCUUUGAUGAAUCUCGUCUCUGCUUUGAGCUUUUUGCCUCCAUCUACCCUGAGAGCAUCAAGGCUUGGUGCCUCCUCUCUGAAAUCCAUGGGAGGAUCGGAAACUUUGAUGGCGCUCUUAUUCACGCUCGGAUUGCGGCACGGAUAGGAGGGGAGACAGCAGAUGGAGCUGAAGGAACUUUCCUGUUGGCUAAUGCACACAUGUCCGUUCAUAACUACGGUCUAGCCAAGCAAAGUUACUACAGGGCAAUCCGAUUGGAUCCGAAGCAUGUCAACUCCAUGGUGAACCUCGGUGUUGUACUUGGCAACAACAACGACUUUGCUGAAGCGAUCCCGUUGUAUCAGCAUGCAUUGAAGAUCAAGCCAGACAUCAUGGCAGCAAGACAUAACUUGGGAUCUGCAUUGCACACGCUGAAGCAUCAUGCCCAUGCCCUUGCAAUCCUUGAACCGCUGGUCAAGGAUGAGCCAGACUGUUUUGAAUGUCUGCUGAGUCUCGGGCAUGCGCUUUCAGAAGUGAAGAAUCUUGAGAGAUCGAAAGACAUGUACAAGAAGGCCAUGGACAUCAGGCCCUGGGACGCGGACGCUCUCCUUAACUACUACCACACCAAGCAGCAGGUGAUUGAUUGGGACGAGAGAGAUUUCUUGUUCGAAAAGCUCAAGAAUGUGACGGAACAGCAGCUGUCGCAACGUCACUUGACUACAGUGGGGCCGUACUACUCCCUCCUCUCUCCCUUCGACUCUGAGCAGAUGCUUGGAAUCGCUGAGUCUCAUGCUAUUCGAGCACUAGAGAAGGUUCGGUACAAGAUCCCGUUCCUCCCCUCGUCGUUUGGCCUGGAGCUCGAGCCUCCGCUCCAUCGGCUCCGUAUCGGAUACAUGAUGGCAGACUUUCGGCACCAUGUGACUGCUCAUCUGCUGCAGACUGUCUUCCAACGACAUGAUGAGGAGCGCUUCGAAAUCUUCUGCUACGCCCUGAACAAGGACGACCGAUCUGCUUUCCGGAGGAAAAUCAGGGAGAGUGUUGGAGACGAUCACUUCAGGGAGCUCGACCGGUUCACAGAUGACGCAGUCGCGAUUCAAGUCAAUGGCGAUCUGGUUGAUCUUCUCAUCGACACAGACUACUACAAGUCCCGACUUUCCAUCCUCGCACUCAGACCUGCGCCGAUCCAGGUCAAUUUCCUUGCUCACCCUGGAACUUCAGGGGCAGAGUUUGUAGAUCACAUCAUAGCUGACCGGAUAGUCGCUCCUCCGGACAACGCUCUCUUUUUCUCGGAGAGCAUCUUUUACAUGUCACAUCACUACCAGGUGAACGAUCACAGAGCAAGUUAUCCGAUACGUCCAGAGAAGACAAUCUCCGAGAUCAGAAGAAAGGAGCGUCUCCCAGAGCAUGCGUUUGUCUUCUGCAAUUUCAACGGGCUCUACAAGAUCGAGCCGCAGGUCUUUGAGAUCUGGGUCAGGAUCAUGCAUCGAGUCCCCGACUCUGUCUUGUGGCUGGUCAACGAGAACAACGAGAGCAACGCCAACAUCCUUCGGCAGGCUGAGGUCCGAGGGAUCAGCAGCAGUCGGAUCAUCUUGGCUGAGAGAGAAGAUUUUGCUGAGCACAUCUUCCGAGUCCGAGCUGCUGACAUGUUCCUGGAUUGUUUGACUUACAACGCGCACACAACGGCCGUCGAUUCACUCUGGGGAGGUCUACCUGUGAUGACGCUGCCGGGGUGGAACAUGAACAUGCGGCUGGCUACUGGCGCUCUAUCCUCAUUCGGUCCUGCAUCGGAGACCUGUGUGAGAACGGAGUCAGAGUACGAGGAGAUCGCAGUGGCCCUUGCCCAGAGGAAGAUGAGGAUAAGGAUGAGAAAUCGGCUGUACGCGGAGUGGAGACUUGCUCAUGGGGGAAAGGAGGAGGUGACGCUGAGCAACAUGGAGGAUAUUAACGGCAACACCCUGCCGAACAGAACGGGCUGGGUCAAAGACUUCGAGGGAGGUCUUCGCAUGAUGGCUGAUAUGUCUGCAAGUAUCCUCCUCACUCCUCAACUUCCUCGUCCUCCCCGCUGCUCUUUCCUUCCUGCUCACUACUCUCUUCCCCUGCAGGCGGGAUCGGACGUGGAGAUUCCGAGGCACAAUUCUAUGCCGGGAGCGGAGCAGGCUGAAUCGGAUGAGGACGCGGGGGCUGGCGUGACGUUGGGAGAGAUGAAAAUCGUUGACGCACGAGGGCCAAAGGAGGAAAAGAGCCUCUCCGGGGACAAGACCCAGCACAGCUUCGCCUCCCUGCCAUGCUCAUGA